CUCAGUUAGAGCAUAAUUUAUUUACCGGGGGUGUAUUUGUUGUACGACUUGUACGUAACGUAAUUAAUAUUACAAACCUUUGAAAGUUUGCAUCAAGAAAAAAAAAAAUCCGUAGCAAGUCGUCCAUUAAAUUGUUCGUGCUCCGCGAUUCGCGUCUUGUGUGUUACUUUGCUAACUUCACGUGAAAUAGUUGAUGUGAUUGCAAGUGGAAGUCGUGUUUGACGACAACGUGCUUUAGAUUAUUAAAUAAUCAAAAAAGCAGUCACACACAAGCCGCACUAUGUACGGGCAUAAUCCAGGGUACAAGGCAAGGUAGUUAUCUCCCACAGGCAGAACCAAAAACAAAAAUAAAAACACUCUCCUCUUCUAGUCAUUAACCAAAGAAACUUUGUAUGAAUCUCUAUACAUUUUACAUACAUGUACUUAUAUUCGAAAUUUUACAAAAAAAUAAAGACUCCUUUCUUUAUCUGUGAUUGCUAAAAGUAAUAAACAACAUAUGUGGUGUGUGUACGUUGUAUUGAAAGGUGGUAUACAAUGCUUCACUUGGAGCCCACAGGCGAGAUCCUGAGUUCAAAGAUGAAAGGUGUUAUUGACGUUCUCGCAAUGCAAAGAGAAAAGAGGCUCACCUUACAAAAAGCCAUAACAAUUGAUUAUACUAAGGCAGCUGAUAGUUUUACAGUGGCAAGGUUUAUAUUUGAAUGUGGAUACAAACUUGAUGCAAACCCUUUGACAAUAGCCACAGCUGCAACAUUAUUCCACAGGUUUAUGAGAGAAGCAACUCCACAGGGAUAUGAUCCAUAUCUUAUAGCAUCGACAUGUUUGUAUCUGGCGGGAAAAAUAAAAGACAAUAAUUUAAAAAUUAGGGACAUCAUGAACGUAGCUUACAGUACAUUGCACAGAGGAGCACAGCCCUUGGAGUUGGGUGAUCAGUAUUGGAGUAUGCGUGACGCUAUAGUGCAGGGAGAGCUAUUGAUCAUGCAAAUGCUCAAAUUUCAAGUGGCUCCAGUUCAUCCACACAAGUAUAUGCUACACUAUCUGAGAUCUUUACAAGCAUGGUUUGGAGAAGAAGAGUGGUCAAGGUAUCCUGUAUCAAGAACAAGCAUGGCUCUACUACAAGAUUUCCAUCAUAUUCCAGCAGUACUUGACUAUCCAGCAAAUUUAGUAGCUAUAGCUUGCAUCAAUUUAACUUUGCAAAUUUAUGGAGUAGUAGUGCCUUUGAUGGAUGAAUGUGACCAGCUGCCAUGGUUUAAUGUUUUUAGUAAAGAUUUGACUAGAGAUAAGCUUUGGGAAAUAAUGGAAAAAAUUAUGUCAUCUUACGACGAAGAGCCAGAAACCAGAGAUCGUUAGAUUUAUAAUUUGACAGGAUUCACACUGAAUAUUGAUAAUUUAUUGAAUUCUAGUAAUUAUUUCACUUCACUUAUCAACAUAAAGCUCAAAAUUUCAAUUUUUCUGCGUAGAUUCAUACAUUUGUUAUGUGUAAAUAUAUAAUUAUGUAAUAAAAACAUCACUCAAAAA